UUCAGUUUUCCGCACGAAGAAGCAAUACACACAAUUGGAAACGCAUGCCAGUCUUGCGUUGUAAUAAGUUUCAUUUGUCAACAACAAAUAUCUAGUCCCUACCUCCAGCUGUGAUUCGCCUAACCAGUCAGAAUCUCUUUCAGCGUACUGGCUCCUACGGCCUAAUGACUGACGGAGCCACAGUGUUCAAGGCGGCGGCUGAGGGGAAGGCUGACGCCAACCUCACCCACACACUGCUGCCCAUGAUGGUGGCCCAGGCCCGCCUGCUUCGGCGGCGGCUGUCCUGGUGCGUGACGGUGGUGGUGGUGAGCGACGACCCCGUCUUUCUCAGUGCCUUCGCGGAGGCGGCGGACAGCGGCCGCCUGAUGGUGUGGGAGACGAGGAUUCUGGUGGUCACCAGGGCGGCCAAGCCUCAGAUUAUGAAUCUGAUGAAGAAUUACUGGACCUUCUCCAUGAUGAAUACCAUGUUCCUCACGCCGACGUCAGAGUAUGGCGAUGAAAGAUGCCAGUUGUAUGCGCACUUGCCCUACACUUCUACCGGAGCUCAGGUGGUGCUAGCGGCCAGCUGGAGUGCAAGUCAUGGACUUGUGCAAAUCAGCGGACACACGAUAUUCCCGGAGAAAUACAAAAACUUUCAUGGAAUGAGCAUCAACGUGACUUGGUACCCUAUGGCACCUUAUUUCAUGGAGGUUAGAGAUCUGGACAACAAAACAAAUCAAGCGCCUCGUUAUGCUGGAAGGGAUUACAUAAUUCUUGAGGUGAUCGCAGAAGCUCUCAAUUUCUCGAUUAAUGUCCUUCCUUAUACUGAGUUAGAUAAGGUACUGACGCGCCUCGUCACUCGACAAUCUUAUAUGCGUCCCUUCAAAGUAGCCAUAUUGCCAUACUUAGUUGAGAGACUUGACUUCACUAUGUUCAUCGAGCAAGCCACGCUGGCCUUCGGCAUGGCCAAGCCUACCCUCAAGCCCAGCUGGCAGAGCCUCUACUACCCGCUGCAGCCCGCGGUGUGGGGGUCCAUCAUGGCCUCCGUCCUCCUCGUCUUGUCUGUUCUCUUGGUGGUAAAGCCCAAAGGCGAAGAAAAGGGCCCCGAGGCGUGGCUGGUGGUGAAGCUGGUGGUGGGGACGCUGGUCGACGAGGCCAUCCCUGGAGAGCUGCCACGGCGAAGCUCGACGCGGGUGGUGUUGGCGGCGUGGCUCAUCUUCUCCUUCAUCGUGGGAAAUGUUUACCGCAGCAACCUGACCGCCAGCCUCACCGUGCCCAAGUACCCGCCCCGCGCAGAGACCCUCGCUGACCUGGUCGACACCGGGGCGAAGUACUCGUCUAUUUCUGCUUACAGUAUAUUCAUAAAUCAUGUCAAGAGGAUUUGUUUUUUCUCUCCAAACAUCUUUUAUGUCAUCGAGAUCAAAAUGAAGCAAGCGGCAGCUGUCAUGUACGAACGACUGAAUAUGAUGAUAAAGAUUGCCGAGCAGUUCACUAGCAAGAAAGGGUUCACACCUAUGUACGUGGCUAAGGGUUACGUCCUGCCUGACUACACUGGCUGGCCUCUAACACCCAACGCGCCCUUCAAGAACAACCUGGACCAUUACAUCUUGGUCUUCCACGGUGCUGGGUUGAUAAACAGAUGGACAACAGAAGUUUUGCAAGAAGCUCAGUUCAGUGCCCAGCUACAAAAAAGAAAAGCGACGAAGAUACAAGGCGUCACUCUACAGGAGGACAGUGUCUCUGACAAGAAAACCACAACGGCUCUUACUUUGGUCCACAUGCAAGGGCCACUCUUGUUAUACCUCGCAGGCGCCUUUCUCUCCUGCGUCGUGUUCUUCAGCGAAAACGUCAUCUCACUCUGCCAUUAGGAGAAUAAUAUACGAGAGGAUUACAGUGUCUUGCGAUUUUCCAACCCUCCAUCCGUGCUAAAAAGCGAGUUUUGACGUACAUCCG